AUGAAGCGCACUUACGAGAAUGCGCUCAAACUCCUCGAAACUAGAAGGCGUAAAGCCCGACCAACGAGUCUGAUAACUUCGGUUUCCACAGUCCAAGGUACAACGACAGUGAAAGGGAAUUCUCUGAAAGGUCUGCCCAGCUUGGUUGGAAUGAAGGAAUGGCUGCAGCUCCUAGGACACUCGGAUAAUGCGGUCAACAGCUUGAAUGUAAUUCAUGUCAGCGGCACGAAGGGGAAAGGUAGCACCUGCGCUUUUACACGCGCCAUCCUUCGUGCACAUGGUAUGAGGACAGGAUUUCCCAAGCGCAUUGGGCUCUACACCAGUCCACAUCUGCAAUGCAUUCGUGAAAGAAUACAGCUCGACGACCAUCCAGUCCCCGAAGAUUUGUUUACCAAAUACUUCUUUGAAGUGUGGGAUCGCAUUAUGCCUGAGGAUAUAGAGCAGGAUUCAGGAAAUGCUAGGCAGCCUCGAUACCUCCAGUUUCUGGUCCUGUUGGCUUUCCACACUUUCAUCAGAGAAGGAGUACAGGCGGCGAUUUUCGAGGUCCACCACGGCGGAGAGUACGAUGCUACAAACGUGAUCCAGAGCCCUGUUGCGACAGGAAUCACGUCCCUUGGAAUGGAUCAUGUUGCACAGCUUGGACCUACCAUCGAGACAAUCGCCUGGCAUAAAGCAGGGAUAUUUAAACCUGGUGCCCCUGCUUUCUCUGUAAACCAGAAACCGGGCCCUGCGGAGGUUAUGCGCAACCGUGCUCUUGAUAAAGGCACGACGUUGACGUUCGUUUCAACGAAUGAGUGCCUUCCCACUGCUGGUAGAGUACUCAGCGUCCCAGUGCAACGAUUGAACUGUUCCUUGGCACUUGAGCUCAGUAGAGCAUUCAUUCAUGCGAAGGCGCCUGGCCAUAUAAUUAGUGACGAAGACAUCUAUCAUGGUGUUGAAAGUUUCUUGUUGACUGGGAGAUUCGAAGUUAUAGAUGAAGGGCAAGUACAAUGGUUCGUGGAUGGGGCGCACAACGUUCUGAGUUUAAAAGAAGCUGCAGAAUGGUUUGCUAAGAACGCCAGUAAUGACCGGAAGUGCCGCUCCCUUAUUUUCAGUCAUUUAUCAGAAGCGAGAGAUGGGGUGACGCUCGUUCGAUCUCUCGCGCAUGCACUCUUCAAAAACAAAGUGAAACCUGACCAUGUCAUUUUCACUACCUAUCAAGAGAAAGAGGAUGACUCUAUCGACCGAGUCACGGAAGCCUCUGAGGCUCGAAUCCAUGAUUUAUGCGCUUUGUACUCCUCGGUGUGGAAGGAACUUGAUCCCCAGGCUACGGUUACAAGUACACCAACCAUCGAGAGAGCAGUGACGCUUGCCAGAAUAAUGGGAGGCCGUGAAGAUGGAAUGCAAGUGCUUGUAACGGGGAGCUUGCACAUGGUUGGAGGAGCACUCAGAUUUCUGAGGCCAUCGUCACAUUAA